UUAAUGCUUUUUUUCCAGAUGUAAAGUGAAAGCAAAUAGGAGACAACACAUUCGAAGUGAAAUCCAAAGAUGGGGAAUACACAGAGUGUCCUUGAGAAGAAAGGAUACACUAUCCUGAGGAAGGCAGAGAAUGGUGUCAUAGCUACUGACAAAGAUGGUGACCAGUUUGUCAUUAAAGAGAUCAAACUGAAUGAGAUCAGUGCUGGAGACACAUUCUCUGAGUUUAAAACUAUCCUGCAGAUAAAUCACCCCCAUAUUUCCAGCCACAAGAACUUUUUCCAAGAUGAUGAAAGUUACUAUGUAGUUUUGGACCAUUGUGAGGGCAGAAAUCUUGCACAGAAGAUCAAAGAGAAGAAGCCAUUUUCAGAAGAACAGAUCAUGGACUGGUUUGUCAAGAUCUGCAUGGCCCUGAAGCAUGUCCAUGGCCUGGGCCUUCUUCACAGAGACCUGAGACCACAGAAUAUAUUCCUUACAGAAUUUGGGACACUUUGUUUGGGAGAUUUCGGAAGAGUCAAUGAAAAUGCUUCCCAAUCUGGAUCUUCAGACGAUGGAAUGGUGGGUUAUUUAGGCCCAGAGAUUCUGACUGGUAAAGUUUAUGACACCAAAAGUGAUAUUUGGUCCUUGGGAUGUGUGCUAUAUGAGUUGUGUAUGCUUCGGUGUGCAUUCGCUGCAGCAAGCACAAUCAAGCUCAUCCCCAAAAUACUGGGAGGUCCUUAUCCAUCUCUCCCAGAGAGUUUCUCACCUGAGCUCCAUGAACUACUGUGUGACGUCUUUCAACAAGACCCAACCAGCAGACCUUCAGCUGGUGAAAUCCUAUCAAAACCCUUCAUUAUCAGUUUCCUCACAAAAAAGAAUGAAAAAACUGUGGAGGAGCUCCAGACAAACUUGGACAAUCUGAGAAUGCUGGCAGACAGCUUGGAGCGUGUGCACCAUGGCGCCACCAUAGGCAGUUUGACAGGAGGUGUUAUUGGGGCAGCUGGAGGAAUCACUUCUAUAGUAGGCCUCAUCCUGGCUCCCUUCACUCUGGGCGCAUCCCUGAUCGUCACAGGGGUGGGUGUUGGGGUGGCUGUCGCUGGUGGAGCCACAGCCGGAGUAUCCAACAUCACCAACAUGGUCAAUCAGUCUACCGACCGCAAAGCCAUCAAGAGCAUCAUCAAGGAGUUCCAGGAGAAGUUGAACUCUGUGGUGACAUCUCUACAAAACAUUGCUGAGGGUAUCGAGACACAGAGGAUGAGUGGCUCCUUUACCACAGAAAUAGGUAGUUUAAAUGCAGAGAAGCUAGUAAAUGCUGGGGCGAGGGUUGGGAGGGGCCUAGGGAGCAUCCCAGAGCUCGUCCGAUUGUUCCAAGUCGCCAACAUUGGCAAGGUAGCAGCCCAAACUGCAAGGGCAGUGCGUGUGGCAGAGAUGGCGACAGGAAUAUUCUCUGCUUUCUUUGUAGCAGUUGAUAUCUUCUUCAUCGCCAUGGAUGCCAAAGAGAUCCACAACAUCCAACAGGCAAAGGCUGAGAAACAGUCUAGUGAUAGCAGUAAGUUAGAAGUGAUGGACACAUACUCCACGACUGAGCUGAACCCUGGAUGUGUGGAACCAAAGGCUGAGGUCAAGUCAGAGACAAUGAAGUUCGUCCAGACAAUCAGACAGACAGCUGAUCAGUUACAGGAGAGCCUAGACGAACUGAGUGACGUCCUGUCAUUCAUUCCUAAGAUAGAGGACUGAUACUUAGUCAAGUGAAACUAUACACAGUUGUAGUGAUUGUAAAAGAUGCAGAAACAAGAAAUAGAGCAGAUUAAAUCAUUCAUUGAUACAUAACUUCUCUGUAAAACACAGGGAUGGGCGAUGUGACUUUGACAGCCAGAUAGGCCUUUAGGUUUAAGGCGUGAGCAAAUUCCCUUUUCUGUUCUUCAAUCCUUGCACAAAUCAGCUAUGAUAAUUAGAUUGUAGAGACAUAAGUAUACAGUAUAUCUCAGCUGUAGUACUGAAGUGCUUUCCUUUCCGGUUAUUACAGUUGACCUGUUUGAUCUGUAUAUUAUUUUCUUACAUCAAAUUAUAUCAGUUGUAUUACACAACUACAAAAUGGUCAGUUGUUUCAAACUUAUAAUAGCCUACAUGAAGUGGUGAUGGUGACUGUAUAGAAGUGUAAUUGUUGCAAUACAUAUUUUGAAGAAAAAAAAUGACAUUAUUCUGGGAAAACAACGUUUAUACAAUAUAAUCCUAAUCUAUAAAUGUCUGC